AUGAUGUAUUCGCCAUAUACCUUACCACCGUUUUUCCAUUUUAUUUUCGCGACGCUAGAACCGCUCUCUACGUUAUCUGGCUUCUUGUAUCCGUACCUCUCGCCAGAGAGGUUCCUGAACGAGCAAGUCCCGACGAUACCUCUUAUCCAGCACACAGGCAUAUCAGAUAAUGUCCGAGGAAGUGUCCUGCAGCUAGCAAACUGCUACCUCUUGCUUUGCAUGUGCUCCUUAGCUGUUCUCAGGACAACAAGUGAGAAAACUGUCGUCAGGAACUUUCUCAUUGCAUUGUUGCUUGGAGAUAUUGGUCACCUCUAUUUCACCUGGAGCGCCUUAGGGACAGAGCUUUUCUUCGACCCUACUCGGUGGAACGCACUGACAGGUGGGAAUGUUGGAGCUACAUUAUUCCUUCUUCUGACACGAACUUUGUACUUGAUUGGAUGGGGAUUUACCCCUCAGUCUCCCAUCAACUCGGCGAAGAAAAAGGCAUAG